AUGGAACGAGCUGAUUCUAUCAUGAAUGAGCUCAUGGUGUGCAAGGCACAGCUAGAACGUCAGAAGAAAGCAGAGAUGGAACAGACAAAGUUGCUCACGAAUCGGUACUGGAGCGAAUGCCGAAUUGCUACGGUAGAUGCAAAACGUGUCUUGAAUGCAGUAGUUGGAAUGUUUCAAACGAAAUUGCGACUACUUGGGCGUAUGAGUAGAGAUGGCGCAAUGAAACGCGAACUCGAAGUUACAUGUGAUGGUGUGCAACGUCUCACUUUCAUGAAGCUUUUCAAUGUGGUGCACGACUUUUCAUUUUACAUGUCGACUGCAUUUCACUCGCAAGACCCUGUACGUUACACAGUGGAGCAAGACCAAUUUGUUGACCUGUUUGGCAAGAUCCUGUACAUUACACAGUGGAGCAAGACCAAUUUGUUGACCUGUUUGGCAAUUCGUUGUGUCACGAAGAGCGUGCUGGUUUCUUCUACGUAG